CAUCAGUUAUUCUACUGUUUUAGAUAAUCAUGGUAUCAUAGGUUGUGGUAACAAGCAUUUCAUGGUGUCUGAUUAGGUCAAAUGUUAGAAUGGCAGGAUGUUUGUACCGUUGUUCGGGAUUUCUUGUACCUGUUAACCAGCUUUUCAAGUCUUUAAUCAUCUCUGUAUUUCUUUCUCUGUCACACUUUUCACAAGUCGGGGUUGUUUUUUUACCAAAGGUCUGCCUACAUCCGUACCAUCCCGACCCCACCUCAGGUGGAAUAUACUGCUUCACCCUUUGGAUAGAGGUUACAUCGGCAUACAUCUUAUCCUCCCAAACCCACCGGGAUUUGCUACUUUACUUUUUGGGCCGGAUGUCAGGUCUGCCUGCAUCUUGUCCUCCCAAACCCCACCUCAAGUGGGUUCAUCUUACACCCCUAGACCCUCCUUAGGUUGGAUUUACUGGUUUCAUUUGGUUUGGUUUUCCAUUUAUAAAUAUUGUAUAUGCUGCAGAUGAUGUUGAGAGUAACCAGUUAAUGUUUUCCAGAGGAUGAAAUAUGGGAUCCAACAGAAAUAUUGAUUCCGAACUUCAGGGUGCAGGAUCAAAGCUCGGCUUAGAAAUCUGGUGCGUAGAAAGUCUUCGUUUGGUUUCAGUGCCACAAACUUCACACGGGAAAUUCUUCUCAGGGAGCGCAUAUGUAGUUCUGCAUACAACAUUGCUUAAAAGUGGUGCACUUCAACAUGACAUACAUUAUUGGCUGGGAAACGAGGCCAAUGAGGUCGACUCAGCUUUGGCAUCAGAUAAAGCACUCGAACUAGAUGUAGUCUUGGGGUCUCAAUCUGUGCAAUAUAAAGAAGUUCAAGGUCAAGAAACCGGGAAAUUUUUGUCAUACUUCAGACCUUGCAUCAUCCCAGUUGAGGGCAUAUAUUGUUCAGGGCAAGUACAGUUAAAAGCUCCGGGUUAUGAAACUAGAUUGUUAACAUGCAAGGGAGAUCGCGUGGUGCAUGUGAAGGAAGUGCCAUUUUCCCGAUCGUCCUUGAACCACCGAGAUGUAUUCAUCCUCGACACCGCAUCAAAAAUAUUCCACUUCAGUGGGUGCAACUCCAGCAUACAGGAAAGAGCUAAAGCUUUGGAGGUCGUUCAAUAUAUCAAAGAAUAUAAGCACAAGGGUAACUGUGAAGUGGCAGCCAUAGAGGAUGGAAAAUUUGUUGGUGAUGCUGAAGUGGGAGAAUUCUGGAACUUUUUUGGUGGGUAUGCUCCCAUUCCCAAGGACCCACCCUCUGCUCAAGAACAGCUUCAAAGUUCAGCUGUUAAACUAUUUUGGAUAUCGCUCCAAGGAAAGUUUACUCAAAAUGGAAGUGGCAGGUUGAAAAGGUCGAUGCUUGAAUCAAUCAAGUGCUACAUGUUAGAUGGUGACUUUCAGAUUUUCGUCUGGAUGGGAAGAACUACCUCUAUAACAGAACGGAAAACAUCAAUCUCAGCAGCAGAGGAUUUCCUUAGAGCACAGGGAAGACCCAUAAAUACCCAUUUAGCCUUCCUAACAGAAGGAUCAGAAACGUCCAUAUUUAAGUCAUAUUUUGAUGAUUGGCCUCAAACUGUUGAGCCCAAGCUUUAUGAAGAGGGUCGAGGGAAAGUAGCAGCCAUGUUCAAGCAAACGGGUUAUGAUGUGGAGGAGCUUCCCGAUGAAGAUGACAAGCCACAUAUUGAUUGCAAUGGUACACUAAAGGUUUGGAGAGUGAAUGUUGGUAAAUUGUCCCCCAUUCCUGUUGUGGAACAGAGAAAGCUUUAUAGUGGGGAUUGCUAUACCGUGCAAUAUACAUAUUCUGCCAAUGGAAGAGAAGAACGUCUUUUUUAUAUUUGGUUAGGAAGUAAGAGUUCUACGGAAGAUAGGGGUGAUGCAAUUUCUCUUACAAGUGUUCUUGUUGACUCAACUAAAGGAGAUCCAGUUUUGGCUCGAAUUGUUGAGAACAAGGAACCACCUCAAUUCUUCUCAAUAUUUCAGACACUAAUUAUGUUUAAGGGUGGUAUGGGUUCACGAUACAAAUCAUUUGUUGCUGAAAAAGGCCUUUAUGAUGAAACUUACGAUGAUAAAAAGACUGCCCUUUUCCGAAUUCAAGGAACAAAUCGUGACAAUAUGCAGGCUGUCCAAGUUGAUCAAGUUUCUCGAUCUUUAAACUCCUCAUGCUGCUACAUUUUGAAGGCUCAGGGAUCUAUCUUCACUUGGCUUGGAAAUCUCUCCACUACCGGAGAUCAUGAUCUUCUGUAUGGAAUGUUAGAUUUGAUAAAUCCAACAUGGCAACCUAUAUUAGUUAGGGAAGGUAACGAACCAGAUGUUUUCUGGGAUGCACUCGGUGGAAAGACUGAAUAUCCGAAGGAGAAAGAGAUAAAAGGGUUCAUUGAAGACCCACAUUUGUUUGUUUGUACAGUCGCGGAAGACGUGGAUUCUCAAUCAAGUAAUCUAAAGGUGAAAGAGAUAUUCAACUUCACCCAGGAUGAUUUAACGACUGAAGAUGUGUUAGUACUCGACUGCUGCUCUGAAAUUUUUGUGUGGAUAGGCCACAAUUCAGUUGUUAAAUUGAAGCAACAAGCGCUUUCUAUUGGCUUGGCGUUUCUCAAGAAAGACGUUUUGGGAGAAGGCUUAUCCAUGGACACUCCUACAUACGUUGUUACAGAAGGGCACGAACCACCCUUUUUCACUCGUUUUUUUGAAUGGGACACUUCAAAGGCAAAUAUGCUUGGCAACUCAUUUGAGCGAAAGCUUGCUAUUUUGAAAGGGCAAACACAGAAACUCGAAGCACCUUUAAGAACUUCACCAAAUGUUUACUCCAAAGAGACAACUCCGAAUGGCUUUAGGAGACCAUCUCCGACUCCUAAUGGCUCGAGAAGACCAUCUCCGACUCCUAAUGGCUCGAGAAGACCAUCUCCAUCUCCUAACGGCUUGACCCGAAGACAAUCUCUUGAUUCUUACACACUGAGAAGCACGUCUCCAACUUUUUCAAGAUCAGAUUUUAGUGCCACAAACAAUCGUCGAUUUUCCAGUUCUUCAAUUCCCAGAAUGAUUCCAUCAUCAUCUUCCCCUGAUGUUCGUGGUGCAGCUAACACACUGGUUUCCGCAAGCCCUUCAUUGGAAGCGAAAAAUUUUCCUUCCAAAGAUUCAGGUCCUAAGCAAGAUGGCGAAAACCAGAUUAACGUCAACUUGGUCAACUAUCCAUACGAAAGGGUAAAAGUCAACUCAAACGAUCCAGUUCCCGACAUAGACAUCACAAAAAGAGAGGCCUAUUUAUCUGAAGAGGAGUUCGAGGAGAAGUUUGACAUGUCAAAAAGGUCUUUUUACCAGCUUCCGAGGUGGAAACAGAACAAAGUUAAGAUGUCUCUUUUUCUCUUCUAGAGAUUCAUCUUAGUCUAUGUAUGAUUUUAUCCGUAGUUAAGCAUGAUUGGACGAUAGUAGUAGUAGUAGUAGUAUUAAAAUGGAUGACUAUGUUAAAAGUCAUUUAUUGUUUGUAUGUUUGAUACUUACAACUGUACUUGAAAAGCCAAAAGCGAACAAAACGAUCCGAGUCGAGCUGAGUUGUACAAACAAUUGUAGUAUUAUACAAUAUUGAUGUGUUUUUAUGCC